UUUCCUCCCUCCUUUGGCUUUUACUUGCAUGUGUCAUUCAGAUCAUGAGACCGCUGCUUGUUUUUCCUUCACUUCCUGACCUCAAAGUUCAAACUAAAACACAUCUGAUGGUUAAAUAGCGAUGACUUCCUUUCAUCACAAGGUUCCACUUUUCAUAACUCUGAUCAGCCUUGUUUCAGGGCUGCAGUAUGAAACGUCAUCUUUCUCCCAGGUGCCUUUCCUCACAGUGUGGAACGCCCCCACUGCCAACUGUCUCUCUCAAUUUGGCGUGGAUCUGGACUUGGGCACGUUCAGCAUCGUCCAGAACCAGAACCAGACCUUCAUAGGUGAAAACAUAACCAUCUUUUAUGCUGACAAGCUGGGCCUGUAUCCCCGCUACACCAGCCAAGCAGAGGCAAUCAACGGCGGGGUGCCGCAGAACGCCAGUCUGGAGGAGCACCUCAGGGUGGCGUCUGAAAACAUCCGCUCCUGGAUCCCUGACAGGGACUUCCAGGGUCUGGCUGUGGUGGACUGGGAGAGCUGGAGGCCUGUAUGGGAGAGGAACUGGGACAGUAAGCAGGUGUACUGGGAGGGGUCGAGAGCCCUGGUGAGGGCGGAGCAUCCAGACUGGAGCCCGGCGGAGAUAAAUGCUGCAGCACGGGUGGAGUUUGAAGACGCAGCGAGGAAGUUCAUGGAGGAAACGCUGCAGCUGGGGCAGCAGCAGAGACCCGACGGACUGUGGGGGUUUUACGGUUUCCCCAACUGCUACAACUACUACAACGAGAAGAGCAGAAACUACACAGGAGAGUGUCCGCCGGUGGAGCUGAAGAGGAACGAGGAGCUGCGGUGGUUGUGGGACGCCUCCUCCGCCCUCUACCCAGACGUCUACCUCAGCCUGGAGAUGCGAGGCCUCAGCAGGGAGGUGCUGCUCUACGUCCAGCACCGCGUCCUGGAGGCCAUGAGAGCAGCCGCCCAGCAGCCCGUCUACCCGUACGCUCGCAUCGUCUACACCUACACCUUAGACUUCCUCUCUCAGGAGCACCUGGUCUACACCAUCGGAGAGAGCACUGCGUUAGGAUCUGCAGGGGUGGUGCUGUGGGGCGACCACGCCUUCUCCAAAUCUCAGGCCACGUGUGACUCUAUCAAAUCCUACCUGGACGAGACUCUGGGUCCGUACCUGGUGAAUGUAACGGCGGCGGCCUUUCUGUGCAGCAAGACCAUGUGCUCCUCUCACGGCAGGUGUCAGAGGAAGAACCUGAACUCGAGGGCCUUCCUGCACCUGGACCCGGCUGUGUGGAAGGUGGUGUCCGACAGGAAACCAGAAGGAGGGCAGAACUACAGAGUUUUAGGACAGAUGACGACACACGAGGUGUUGUUAAUGGAGUCAAAGUUUCAGUGCAGGUGUUUCCCCGGAUGGAGCGGUGAGAGCUGCUCCGAACACAUUCAGGGAUAAGAGACUUACAAUGACAGAACUGGUCCAAUAAAUGGCAGUUAACCCUUUAUCAGGCAAAGAACUAUAUUUGGUAGUUAGAGUCAGGUAAUAUUUCGAGAAAAAAAGU